AUGUACAGAGAACAAGUGUUGGAAUUUUAUCAUGAUGGAUUUAUCAACCGUCAAAUCGCACGGGAAAUUUGUUUGAGCCCCGGUUUUGUACAGAAAGUGAUAGACCAUGACAAUGAACAAAACACAUCCUUCAGAGGCAUUAGAGUUGGCUUUCCUAGUCCCAAAAUGGAUGAACAAGUCGUGGAGUAUAUAGAGGUACAAAAACUAAUGAAACUGAGCACUUACUCGACCCAAUUACAACAGAGGCUUCUACUUGAUGGCGUGGUUCAUCCUGCCAAUCUACCGAGCGUAUCACAGAUCAACAAGGUCAUUUGCAAAGAACUUAUAAUGACGAGAAAGAAACUUACAACUAUUCCACUUGAAUCUACAACCCCUGAAGCAACAACAGCUAUCAAUGAUUUUCUUACUGAAAUAGCCAACAUCAACCCAAUGACCCUGCAUUUCUUUGACUAUUUCAGCGCAAUCAAAACUACAGGGAACAGAAACUAUGGGAGCGCACCACUAGGACAGGCUGCUUUCGAAAUUCAGCGCUACUUGUCUAAUGCAACUUUCACUAUAAAUCUUUUGCAUUCAUUUUCCGGCAUUCAUUUUUACAAUAUACUGGAUGGUCCAUCUAAUGGAUUUAAACAAAGUUCUUUUCAUUGA